CCCAUCUUAGCCUUGUGUCCUCAACCCUCUCAGUCCUUUAGUGUUGCUGGAUUUAGGGGUGGCUGGUGGGGCCCGGGGACUUAUCUGGUUUGAGCAGCUGAGGCAUAAAGUGGAGGCCGGGGUCUGACCAGUCCUUCCUGCCCCCUCACUAUCUCUCCACACUUGGGUUUAUCUCUCCUCCUUGCCCUUCUGGGGGAGGGGCUGGCAGGGUCUUGACCCCAGGAGGCUGGGCAAGGGAGUCAGUUGAUGAAGGGGCACAAAAGACGCCGUGGUCACUUGCUUUUUUUGCGCUGAGAAAAUCCUUGUGUCUUUUAGCGGAUUCUCCCGGGGGGCUGAGAACCCCAGAAGGACAUGAGAAAAAUAACAGGAACACAGGGAGUGAGGAGAGAAAACAUUCAGGGGAGGGGAAGCUCUUUGGUUAAGAAGAUAGGAGAUCUGCCCAGUUCUGACACAUCAUAGGACGCAGACUUGCUGCGCGGGGCCUCAGUUUCCCCAUGUGUACCAGGAAGGGGCCAGAAAUAGCCUUGCACCCCCCGUUGGGGCAUAUAGACCAGUUGCACUGCGGAAUUCUAAGAGUUUCUGGUCCUGUGCUUUUGAGGGUUUGAUGGUGGGCAGAUCUCGGGGGGGGUGGGGGGGGGGAGAAGAGAGGGCUGAAUGCCCCUCCCCCAUGCUCAGAAUCCCCAGGAAGCAGGUGGGUUGAGGAGGGAAGGGAGGAGGAUGGGAUGAGCGCUCAACUGGUUCCCCCUUGAGGAAAUUAGCCAUGAGAAGUGUAUUUCCUCUGGCUUCCGGAAAGAAGUCUCAUGCCUGUGUACCCACCCCAGCUGAAUCCAGGGGGGUCUUGAGUGGGUGGGACAGAGGGAACUCCCAGCUGUGGUUCCUCUGUCUCAUCCAUGGAAUAAUAAUUGUUCAAAUGCUGCACAUUUUGUAGAUGUUAUGAUGUUCUACCAAGGAUUUUCGUGUCUGCGAUGUGACGAAUAUAAAAGUUCUGCCCUCCCCCCCCCCACCUUUUAUACAGAAGAACUGAGGAUCUGAAAAAAGAAGGCAUUUUCUCAAUGUUACAAGAAGAGGGAGAGAAAGAAGGGGAGAGAGGAGGAGACCAAGGGUCAGAGAGAAGGGGAGGCUGAGAGCAGAGGGGGGGGGGUGUUUUGAGGGACUGGGUCUGGGCGGGGAAGAUUCAAAGGGACCGGAUUGCUGUUCCAGCCAGGAGCAAGCCCUCUCCUUUGUCUACAGGAUCCAGGAACCUCUGCCUGUGAGUCUGGGGUGGGGGCAGCCGCUUGGCUGCCGAGGACCCCACAGGGGGUAGGGCUUACUAAACAGGACUCAGCCCUGACCUUUCAAAGUCAAUUAUGUAGCGGAUAGAUCCUGCCCUUUUCACUUUUUCCCUUCCAACCUCUUUCCCUGGGACCCCCCGCAGGGACUUCUUUGAACUUAUUGGGGGCAGGUGGGGGAGGGGGGAGGAGGAGGGUUGUGUUGCCUCUCUUGCAUCAUGGGAUGGGCUGACCUAUGCCUGUUCCUUCAAGCCACAGUCAUUUAUUGAGUGUCUACUAUAUGCUGGGCCUGUCCUGGGUGCUGGGAUACAGGAGUCAACACCUGGUCUCCGCCCUCCUGGAAUGUCCACUUCAGACCCGCAGAGAGAUGUGAACAAGAUACUAGACCUUUGUGGCUGCCCUGUGGGAAACGAGUUGAGGGAAGCCACAAUGGCAGCCUGGAAAGCAGCGAGGAGCUACUGCAACGGUCCGAGCAAGCAGUGAUGGUAGUGCACGGCGGACAGCGGCAGGGGUUUCCGAGAGAAUACAUGGAUUCAGGAUUUAUGGUGGAGGCGCUGUUAAGUCAGCUCUGCUGUGUGAGGUGGGCCACCUCCCCCCAGCUUGCUGCUCGGCACGGAAGAUCAAGCCAGGAGUCCCUCCCCUGCCCCCCUCAAGUUCCUCACUCCAUCUGUAACCUUCCUUUGUAGAGCCCUUACUCACCUCCUUCCUGUUUCUUAACCCUUCCCACAUUCCCCGGACCGAGGGCUCCUGCUUUUCCACGCUCUUCUCUUUGCUGGCUACCUUGCUUAUUUCCUUAUUUCACCCUGGGGUCCUGGGAAGCGUCGGCACCCUGAAUGGCCUUGCCUGGCGUUCUCAACACUCCCUGACUGCGGUCUGUCCUGUCUCCAACUAUCUUGCAUAUUUCGCCAUUUCCACACAGCCACACUUGCUUUCUCCCAUCUCUCCAAAUAUCUCUCUUUUUAUACAUUUUUUAAUGGUUAUUUAUUUUUGAGAGAGAGAGAGAGAGAGAGAGAGAGAGAGAGAGAGAGAGAGAGAGAUACACAGAAUCCAAAGCAGGCUCCAGGCUCCGAGCUGUCAGCACGGAGCCCCACGCAGGGCUUGAGCUCACAAACUGAGAUCAUGACCUGAGCCCAAGUCGGACGCUUAACUGACUGAGCCCCCCAGGCGUCCCAUACGAAUAUCUUCCUCUUACCACCACCCGUACCCCAGUAUUCCCUCAUUUACACUCUGCCUGGGUCUGUAGACACCCCCUUGACAAGACAAAGCUUUUAUAAUCCCGCCCCCCCCCCCCAAGCCUCCUUCCUGUCCUAAUUCUGUCCUUCCUCCAACUUUUCCCUCUCCAGCUCUACCCUUCCCCGCCCAGGCUGGCCCACAAGUCACGGUCACCCUCGUCUCUUCCCCGUGGGCUACCUCCCGCCAUGUUCCCCUGAGCCCCCAAGGAGGGGGCUCAGGGGGCCCGAUGGCCUCCCGCCCCCCGUGGCCCCACAGCCCCCGUGGGCCAGGGGAAGUGCCUCGAAAGCCCCAGUGCCGAGGAUGGGCAACCGCACGUGGGAGGGCUGCCACGUGGACUCGCGCGUGGACCACCUCUUCCCGCCGUCCCUCUACAUCUUCGUCAUCGGGGUGGGCCUGCCCACCAACUGCCUGGCCCUGUGGGCGGCCUACCGCCAGGUGCGGCAGCGCAACGAGCUAGGCGUGUACCUGAUGAACUUGAGCAUCGCCGACCUGCUGUACAUCUGCACGCUGCCGCUGUGGGUCGACUACUUCCUGCACCACGACAACUGGAUCCACGGCCCCGGCUCCUGCAAGCUCUUCGGGUUCAUCUUCUACACCAACAUCUACAUCAGCAUCGCCUUCCUGUGCUGCAUCUCCGUGGACCGGUACCUGGCCGUGGCCCACCCGCUGCGGUUUGCCCGCCUGCGCCGCGUCAAGACGGCCGUGGCCGUGAGCUCUGUGGUCUGGGCCACGGAGCUGGGGGCCAACUCGGCACCCCUGUUCCACGACGAGCUCUUCCGUGACCGCUACAACCACACCUUCUGCUUUGAGAAGUUCCCCAUGGAGGGCUGGGUGGCCUGGAUGAACCUCUACCGGGUCUUUGUGGGCUUCCUCUUCCCGUGGGCGCUCAUGCUGCUGUCCUACCGCGGCAUCCUGCGGGCCGUGCGGGGCAGCGUGUCCACCGAGCGCCAGGAGAAGGCCAAGAUCAAGCGGCUGGCCCUCAGCCUCAUCGCCAUCGUGCUGGUCUGCUUCGCGCCCUACCACGUGCUCCUGCUCUCACGCAGCGCCGUCUACCUGGGCCGCCCGUGGGACUGUGGCUUCGAGGAGCGCGUCUUCUCAGCGUAUCACAGCUCACUGGCCUUCACCAGCCUCAACUGCGUGGCCGACCCCAUCCUCUACUGCCUCGUCAACGAGGGGGCCCGCAGCGACGUGGCCAAGGCCCUGCACAAUCUGCUCCGCUUCCUGGCCAGUGACAAGCCGCAGGAGAUGGCCAACGCGUCGCUCACCCUGGAGACCCCGCUCACCUCCAAGAGGAACAGCAUGGCCAAGGCCAUGGCAGCUGGCUGGGCGGCAGCUCCACCCUCCCAGGCGGACCAGCUUCAGCUAAAGAUGCUGCCGCCAGCACAGUGAGCCUCCAACUUGCGCAGAACUCCCUCUCCCCGCUCCUCAAAUCUUAGCCCACAUUCCCUUCCCUCCUGGUCUGAUGUUUGCAAACUGUAUGUAAAUAAGGCUGUGUCAACAUUCGGAAGAGUGUAAGAAAAUAGGAAAACGGUGAGGUUGGUGGGUCACUGGUCCAUCAUCGUCCACCGUGACCUCCUUCAGUUUAUCUGUGCCUAGCGCUGCGCUGGGUGGUACUCGUGACAUAGUGGUGACCAAGAACACCGCUGGCCCUCCUUCACUCGCCCACACUCCCAUGGGGGAGACAGACCUGCCCCCAGACAGUGAUGAUCCUGACUGGGCGGGGCUCAAACAGGGAGCCCAGAGGACAUCGGACCCAGUCUGUGAGUCAGGGAGGGCUUCCUGGAGGAGGGGACAAGGUAAACGAAGCCAAAUGUUUGGUCUCCAGAAGCUAAAGACCAAAAGAGGAAAAAGGAUAUUUCCAACAAGGAGGUAGAAUUUUUGUGACUGAAGGAGACGGAAGAAGAAAUUCACUGAGUGCAGAGUGAACAUCUUUGCCCUUGGGAAGCCCCUGGUCACGUAAGGGAGUGAGGGCACAAAGAACAACGUGUGAGUUUCUAGAUAAACCGUGUUCUCCAAGUCAGGACUGAGGGCCAGGGAGACUUUCAGAACCUAAGGGAAGGGCAGUCGGGGCAGACUGGCUGGAGGAGUGGCGAGCAGGGCCAGCUUGGGAAGGGACUCAGGACAAGAGAAGGGUAUUUAUUCAUUUGUUCAACAGAGAUUUAUUUAUAUCUACUCUCUGCCCAGCCCCGUGCUGGCUGGGGCUGGGAACACAAGGGUGACCAAAUCAGCCCAGGCCUCACCCUCAUGGGGCUCACGGUAAACAAGUAAAUAAAAAUAAAUACAAUGUU